GUGUACUGUUAGCGACAUGUAAACAACAAACGGUUUCCGUGUUGUUUCUUGUUUAUUUUCUACAAAUCCUCUCUAGCAGCCUUGUACUUAGAUACCACCUAAAUAUGGUCUUAUUUCACAACAUCAAUGUUGGACAGCGUGUGGAAGUCAACAUCGGUUGGGGAAAUAUUCGUGGAACAGUCAUGUACAAAGGAUGCUUGACAGGCAAGCAAGGGGACUGGGUUGGAGUCCACCUAGAGGACAAAGUUGGUAAUUGUGACGGUAUGGUGAAUGGCCGCCGGUAUUUCCAGUGUCCAAACGACUAUGGCCUAUUUGUGAGAGCUAACAGGCUUCGCUUCAUUCCUAUGCAACGAUGCUUGUACAACAAAUAUCACAGAGUCGGGCAGAAAUCCUUUGUAGAAGAGCCCUUGUUUGGUAAAUCAGAAAAGCCAGAGGUUGACAAUGGGCCUUAUGAUCCUAUCAAAAUAUCAGCAAAGUUCCAUGAGAAAGUCACGGGAAAAAGUUAUGAUGAUGACGACAUUUUCCGCCGCAAGUAUCACCCUCUGUGCCACUUGAUCAGUCGAACGAUGCCUGCAGCAACGAUGACCCGACCUCGCUCUGUGACGCUCACCUAUUCCUCGACUCCCAUUCAUGGGGAGUAUGAAAUUGACAGGCCUUUCAUCACAAGUCCAUCAAUUCCCAAGACCCACAUGCCGUAUUCUGCUCUGAAACGACAGAUUUCCCGCAGUUGGGAGACCUCGCAUUACGUUCGGGAAAUGUCCGUACCCACUGGGCGUGAUAGCAUGAAGUUUUCACAGUGGAAUGACAUUUCUGCUUAGGUUAAACAUGAUUAUGACAUUAGGAAAUGACUUGGACUUUUGAUGAGUGUUUUUUUUUAAUGUUUUGGAUAGCUCAGUGUAGAUUAAAUUUUGUUGCUAGUAUACUGUAUCAGACAAAAACAUGUCAAGUCUAUUGCUGAAAUAUGUUUGAAGACCUGUCUAGUUUUAAUAUUUAUGAAGAUUUACAAACAAUUUCUCGACCUGGAUUGGCGUAACCAUUUAUGUACAUUAUAUGUGAUAAAUGAUAACCUGGUUUCAAUUUAAAGUUAAAUAAUGUGUUAAGUUUAGCAUAUGGUUUUUGCUUUAAUUGGAAUGGUGAAGCAUUGAUCUGGCUGUUACAUUCAUUGUGAACAUAUUUUUGCUUUGUACGGUGUUGCAGUAAAUUAUGCUCAGCUUUAACUAGUUUGCAGAAGAUGUAUGCAUUAGUAUUUAUUGUAACUGCUUUGAAACAUUAUUUAAUUUUAUGGCGAUUUAUAUCAGAUGUUCUCAUUUGCACCACAUGUAGAAUAUUUAAUUGUAUUGGAAGGUCUGAGUUAACACAAUUUUUUCCGAUCAUAUCCGAGUCGAAUUCCAACAUAUCCUUUACAAACAGUCGACAAUUAAAAUGUCAAAUCUGCUAAAACAAUAAAUACCUCAUUCAGAUAUGCUAACCUUUUGAAAUAAAAUGAGCAUGCAUGCUCUUUGCGGACUUGAAUGUGAAUUGUGCAAAUUAAACAAAAAAUGUUAUUGUUAAACAAUUAAAAGAUUAUUAACAUUGUCGCGUAUAAUAUGGGGAUAUAUUGGUACUAAAACACGGCUUGCAUACUCAUAUGUCAGCUGUUGACUCAUCAAAGUAUAUAACUUUAUUGUGCAUUUUGCUGUUAAAAACCUCAAUAGUAUUGUAUAUUGGAGAACAAACAAUGCAUCAGAUUAAAAAAUGCCGGUAUUCCUAUUAGUAAGAAGUACUAGUGCACUGUUUUAAUUCUGGAACAUUUCGUUGCCAGAAAUAGCGUAUUUUUUAUGGAACAUAUACUUUUAGCAUUAUAAUAUAUUUUUCAUGUAUAUACAACCAUGUACAAAUUUACAUGUUUUAGCUCGGCUGUUUUCGGUGAAAACCCGAGGUAUUGUCAUAGCCUGCUCGUCGUGUUGUCCGCAUCUUGCCACAAUUUGUCAAGGUUUUGAACAUUGGCUCUAAAAUCAAAGUGCUUCCACCUAGAACUUUGAAACUUCAUAUGUAGCUGCACCUCGAUGAGUUCUACACGCCACACCCAUAUUUGGGUCACUAGGUCAAAGGUCAAGGUCACUGUUACCAAAAAAAAAAUUAUUCUGACAAACUUUCAUUAAUUUAAAAGUGCACCCGCAACCGAGCGUUGGCACCUGUUAUGCGGUGCUCUUGUAUUGUUUUUACUGUGAAUUGAUCUGUAAAUUGUUACAAGUCUCUUUGUUUUUUUAACUGCAGUUUUUCAUAUUUUUUUUCUUAACAAAUAUGGAAAAGCCAUUUCUUAUUUUAAAUAAGCAUUGUUUGUUUUUUCCUCUGUGAAUAAUGUCAUUUGUUGUGGCAUUUUUGCUGUUUUAAUCGUUCAGUACCGGUAAUUCCACACUUUGUCUUUCUUGUUUUCACCUUACACCUUUUUCACUGUUGUGUUUAUUGUCUUGUUUAUGUUUGUUAAUAUUAAGUCAAGAUUUUCAUCAUAACAUAGUUCAUAGUUCAUAGCUCAAGGGCAAGUUACCGCUCAAUCUCUGUUAACUUGUCGUAAAACCUUCGUACCAUAAUGAAAUGUUUGUAAUUGUAUGACUUGUUAAUUGGAAAUGGUAGAAAAUAUAUAUAUGUCUAAGUGGAUGGAUCAUUUGUCUUCAGUACACUUAGGUAUUUUCUCUACAUUUUAUGGCAGAAAUGGUUAAUUUGUGAUGUACAUUUAUUAUUCAAAUGUAUAUGUUUUUCCAACAGGUCUGUUAUUUGUACAAGGUUAUUUAAUUUCGUUAAGACUAACAGAUAACAUUUGUGAGACAAGUUGUCGCCUGUGCUACUUAAAUAAGAGGGUAUUCAAGUUCAGUAUUAACUUAUAGCAUGAACCUAUUCAAAGCUUUGUAUAGGUCCCUGCGUAUAGGCAGACUUACUGCACUACAUGUAUUUUCAUAGAAAGGCAUGCACAACAUUAAUUUGCUGUGAAAAAACAAAUACAUUAAUACGAAACUAGACCGAAUUGUUAUCACAUCUAUCUGUAUUUCAUUUCUGUCUAUGAAGAAUAAGCUGUAAUGUGUUUGCUGAACUUGUUAAACAAUUUUGUUGAUAUUUAUUGUUUUGUUUGUUAGCUAUGAAGUUUUAACCCUUUCAGUGCGGGAACCGAAUUUUGAAGGCUUUUGCAAACAGUUUGGAUCCAGAUGAGACGCCACAGAACGUGGCGUCUCAUCAGGAUCCAAACUGUUUGCUAUUCUGAUAAUAUUAUUUGAAAAAAAAUCGAAGAAAAUGCUUAUUUUAGAAAUUAAGCAGACGACAUUUUAGCAGACGACAAAUUUCCCAGCAAAGGGUUAAAUGGGGAAAGGGGUAGCUUACUUUCUUUUAUGUCUGCACUUCGUCUUUCAUUAUUAAUUUGUUUGUUUUGUGCACGUUAUAGUUUGUUGUUUUAUCAUUAUAUAUCAUUCUUUAAAAAUUUACCUUGUACCCUGUCUGAAAUUUCAGAAUUUGUAGUACCUUUUUUUUAUUAUUUUAAAUAUAUGUGUAUCACAUGUUUAUGCAAACAGAAACAAACAUGUUAAAAAUAUAUACCUUAAGUGUGAA